AUGGAGCACACGGGGAUUUUGAGUCUGAUACUACCCGAUGAACUGGCGGAGACGGUACACGAUCACAUAGUUAUCACAGUGAACGGGGAAAAAUGCCAAAUUCCCCUCGAGAUUACACCUCCAAGACCGUCAUUGGUGAUCCCAGAUUUGGUGGAUUUUGGUCUACUGGUACAAGAGAAUAAAGUGAUUCAUCGUACUGUCUGGUUGAAAAACGAGGGCCUCAAACCGGGGACGUUUCGAAUCGGAGCAAGCUUGAACACAUUGCUAGAGAUUGUUCCACACACGGGCACAAUAAAUGAAAAAUCCUCGUUAGAAUUGACGGUGGGUUUUAUACCAAAAACUACACAGAAGCUUAAUGAGUUACUAAGUGUUGAACUGGAAGGUCGAGAGACCGCUCAAUUGCGUAUUGUCGGUGAAGUGAUUCAACCCGGGUUCGCUCUGGUACCAUACACCCACAGUUUGAACAAGAUUGGCCCAGGGACCGCACAUAAAUCGAUGCGUCGAAUUUGUUUCAAAGCAAUGUACUACAACACAGACAGAUUUUGUCGUUGGUACCUGUGCAAUCAGUCACCAAAAGAAACCGAUUUUGUCUCUGUUCUAUGCGACCAGACAAAUCCGUCCGUAACCAGGAAGAAAUUGGCCGAUGUUCCCACAACAGCCGAGGCUUGUUUCGAUUCAUUGAUCGAUAUGGUCCCAUGUCAUGGCCAGUUAGAACCAUACGGUCGAAUCCCAGUCCAGUUUCGUCUACGUCCACGUUGGCCCCGUCCGCAGUACGGAUUUCAGAGCAGUCCGGAACAGCCACCACAAAAAUCGUUUUCUGUCUACUUGCGUAUCACAAAAGUUGGUCUGGUUUCAGCACGUCAGUCUGAGCUAACAGGUCAGUACAUUGGUCGGUAG